CCCUCUUCCGUCGCAUCCCGUCGCGCCCUCCUGACACACGUCACUCCUGCGCAAAGAAUCUCUUGAAAGAUACCGCCUCGUCCGAUUUGCAGCCAACCUUGGUGGCUUUCUUCUCUAUUCCUUCGUUUCAUCCCUCGUGUCUAGCCUUUCGCACUCGGACAAUUCGCCAUGCAUCGCACCUAUUCUAUGCGCCAGUCGCGCCUGCCGACGGCCUCGCAGAUUGAGAACCCUCCUCCGCCAUUGUCUUCCACCAAGACAAACAGAAUCUUUGGAAAGGGUGGUUUUGGCCAUGCCUUGCGCAAGAACACGGCUGGCGCCUUCGGGCCCGACCUUGCCAGGAAGCUUUCCCAGUUGGUGAAGAUGGAAAAGAACGUCAUGCGCAGCAUGGAGAUGGUUUCUAGGGAGCGUAUGGAAACUGCUCAACAACUCUCCAUCUGGGGUGAAAACUGCGACGAAGAUGUUUCCGACGUCACUGACAAGCUGGGAGUCUUGCUCUACGAGAUUGGUGAACUGGAAGACCUCUUCGUCGACCGCUAUGACCAGUACCGUGUCACCAUCAAGAGCAUCCGCAACAUUGAGGCUUCGGUUCAGCCCAGUCGCGAUCGCAAGCAGAAGAUCACCGAUGAGAUUGCCAAGCUCAAGUACAAGGACCCCAACUCUCCCCGCAUCGUCGUUCUGGAGCAAGAGCUUGUCCGUGCCGAGGCCGAAUCCCUCGUGGCUGAAGCCCAGCUCUCCAACAUCACCCGUGAGAAGCUCAAGGCAGCCUUCCAGUACCAGUUCGACGCACUCAGGGAGCAUUGCGAGAAGGUGGCCCUCAUCGCUGGUUACGGCAAGCACCUCUUGGACCUGGUCGAUGACACGCCGGUUACUCCAGGCGAGACUCGCCAUGCUUAUGAUGGAUAUGACGCCAGCAAGGCCAUCAUCCAGGACUGUGAGGAAGCCCUCGCCAACUGGGUCACCUCCAAGGCGUCGGUCAAGCCUGCUCUCUCCCAGCGCUCGCGCACCCUGUCUCAGCGUCACCGUGAGACCCUCAAGGGCCGUGAAGGCGUCGAUCUUUCCGGCCAGGACCAGCCCAUGGGCCGUGACUCUUGGGUGCCCGCGGAUCAGCAUGCGACCUACCAGCACGAGGUAGAGGAUGGUGAGGAAGUGGCCAGCACUGUGGAUGGAGAGUCGCGGGGUCGAGAAGAGGAGCGGGAGCCCGUCACGGUGUCUGUUUAAAUAAGAUGAGAAAGUGGUGAAGAUCAGCUUACCUUGGUGGAUCAUAUACGAUCAUUGAGACCGCCAAAGUACUGAUCAAUACUCUCAUCUUUGUCUCUAUAUUUGCGGUUUGAGAUUCCCGCUCGAUAUGAUUUUGUCGUUCUUCCUUGAUGCCUUUUGUGUUUCUUUACCCCUAACGAGUUUUCCGUUACCUUACGAUUAAUUUACUCCCUGACGACGCAUGUCCCGACAC